AUGACAUUUACCUGUCUGGAUAACGAGAUUGAGAACGAUCUACCAGACUCUCCAGAUUCAAAAGAUACAGAUGAUGACGUUAAAGGCGGUAAAUCGCGUCGCGGUGGUGACCAAGAGAACUUAAGUCGCGAGGAACGUCGAAGACGUCGACGUGCAACACAAAAAUACAGGACUGCGCAUGCCACAAGAGAACGUGUUCGUGUGGAAGCUUUUAACGUGGCCUUUUCAGAUUUACGAAAACUGUUGCCGACCUUACCGCCAGACAAGAAAUUAUCUAAGAUAGAAAUCCUUCGCCUUGCUAUCUGCUAUAUUUCGUACCUAAACCAUGUUUUAGAACUCAACUAA